AUGUCGUACCAGGCACGACCGGCCGGAUCGGCACCGAGCGGCGGCGCGGGCAUGGGCGGUCUCGCCACCCGCAACCCGGUCAUGGAGUACAUCUGCGCCGACUGCGCCGCCACCAACGAGAUCCGCCCUAGGGAGCCCAUCCGAUGCCGAGAGUGCGGCCACCGUGUCAUGUACAAGAAGAGGACAAAGCGCAUGUUGCACUUUGAGGCGCCGGCUGCAGUUGGCAUGCACGGAGGUCCCGCAGAGUCGAAUUCGGCCGCAGCACCGCCGCUCGUAAGGCUUGCAUCACACCCUCUCUACACCCUUGCAUCUGCAUCCUACCUCGCCACUUCCAUUCAGGAUUCGACGGGUGCCCUUCCGCCGCCCUCGACAACGCUCGUAUCAGGCGGGACCAUGUUCCCUGGUAUUCCAAUUCGUUCAAAACGUGCUCUUUAG